AUGACCAAUAUCAAAGAAAAACAUAUAUAUGCCCCCAUAAGCUGCAUUAAUCCAACUGCUGAAAACAACACAAACAUGACCCAAAUCAAAGAAAAAAUGUAUGUCCCCAUAAGCUGCAUUAAUCCAAUUGCUGAAAACAACACAAACAUGACCAAUAUCAAAGAAAAACAUAUAUAUGCCCCCAUAAGCUGCAUUAAUCCAACUGCUGAAAACAACACAAACAUGACUCAAAUCAAAGAAAAAAUGUAUGUCCCCAUAAGCUGCAUUAAUCCAAUUGCUGAAAACAACACAAACAUGACCCAAAUCAAAGAAAAAAUGUAUGUCCCCAUAAGCUGCAAUAAUCCAAAUGCUGAAAACAACACAAACAUGACCCAAAUCAAAGAAAAAAUGUAUGUCCCCAUAAGCUGCAUUAAUCCAAAUGCUGAAAACAACACAAACAUGACCCAAAUCAAAGAAAAAAUGUGUGUCCCCAUAAGCUGCAUUAAUCCAAUUGCUGAAAACAACACAAACAUGACCCAAAUCAAAGAAAAAAUGUAUGUCCCCAUAAGCUGCAUUAAUCCAAUUGCUGAAAACAAAACAAAUAUGACCAAUAUCAAAGAAAAACAUAUAUAUGCCCCCAUAAGCUGCAUUAAUCCAACUGCUGAAAACAACACAAACAUGACUCAAAUCAAAGAAAAAAUGUAUGUCCCCAUAAGCUGCAUUAAUCCAAAUGCUGAAAACAACACAAACAUGACCCAAAUCAAAGAGAAAAUGUGUGUCCCCAUAAGCUGCAUUAAUCCAAUUGCUGAAAACAACACAAACAUGACCCAAAUCAAGGAAAAACAUAUAUGUCCCCAUAAGCUGCAUUAA